AUGGGCCCAGACAUGGCUAAAAGAACUGAUGACAAGUAUGGGAUAACUCAAUUUGCUGGAACUAAUUUUCCAAACUGGAAAUUUAGAGUAGAAAUACUUCUCGAAGAAUUUGGAGUAAGAGCCUGCCUUACAGGUAAUGAGCCUAGUUCAACUCAAAAGGUAGAGCUGGAAAAGUGGCAAAAGGAUGACAAGAAAUGUAAGUCCCUAAUUGUUCAAUGUGUUGCUGACAGUCAUUUAGAGUAUGUAAUGGGCAAAGAAACUGCGAAGGAAAUCUGGAAUUCGUUAGUUCAGACGUUUGAACGUAAGGGUGUUGCGAGUCAACUGUAUCUAAGACGGCGGUUACUUACACUAAAACUUGAAAAUGACACUAAUCUUGAAGCUCAUUUUAUAAAAUUUGAUGAACUUAUAAGACAGUUGAAGUCAGCUGGGGCAAAACUGGAAAAAGAAGAUAUAGUAUGUCAUCUUCUGUUGACGAUGCCGGAAACAUAUAACAAUGUUGUGACAGCAAUAGAAACACUUUCAAUUGAGAAAUUAACAAUUGAAUUUGUUAAAGGAAGAUUGCUGGAUGAAGAAGCGAAGAAAACAAAUACUACAGAUAUACCUCAACAGAGAAGUACAGCUUUUGGAACUACAAGUAAUAGUAGUUUUCCAUUUAAAUGCUAUGGAUGUGAUAAAGUUGGUCAUCGGGUAUCAGAAUGUAAAUUUAAAAAAAAGUUUGGUAGAGACAAAAAUAAGAAAUCUUGGAAAAAGUCAACAGCAAAUAAUGUAGUCAGCAAAAGUGAAGAUGCGGUUUGUUUUUCAAUUGGAAAAGAUAUGGAACCUACCGAGAAGGCAAGUGAAAUUUUUUGGUUCAUUGAUUCCGGUUGUUCAGAUCACUUGGUGAAUCAAGAAAAAUUUCUCCUUUAUAAAGCAAAUGGAAACUCCUCUGAACAUCGGAGUUGCCAAAAAUGGGGAAAGUUUAAUUGCGACUAA